AAGAAAUGCUGAUGCCCAGCUGGAUAACACACAAUUUGCUGGCUGCCAUGCACACUGCCGUUGUGUUGUCAGCUAACACCCUCUAGCGCCGGGCGCCCUGCACAGAUGCUGUCUUCCUCUCCACUCUGUCGUUAACGGGAGUUUUACCGUUGUCUGCUGCAGCAGUCAGUACAUGCUGGCACAGAACGGGCUACAGAGGCACUACGCGUGCUCACACUGACCAACUGAUACCGCGCCACUUGAAGUUCGGAACUUUCGGUCACGAACCACAUCCUGGCGUCUUCUAUUUCCCCCAUGAAGGAAUCACGCAUGCACUUGGAUGAAACUAGGAAAUAAGAUAAUGCAGCUGAUGAGGAAUAUUUGAUUAGAUGUCUAAUUCACUGUCAAAACAGUGAAAUACAGUAGGCUCCGACGCGGAACGCAAAGUUUUCAUGAUCUAGUAUUUAGUCGUUGAGCAUUGCUCUAUGAAUACUGUGAGCCUACAUUUAGUCUUGAUGUUAGUUUCUGCCGCGGUGUGAACUUCACCAACCUUCCUCAGCUCUCCGCCGGGUCAUGCGACGGAUUUCUUCCAGUACAGUCGUCUGUCAGCGCUUUCCAGCGGGGACUGGAUGUGAGGAGGGUCUGGGGAGAGGAAAGACGCUUCGCUUGGAAUCUAAAGGCACUUUGUGACCAGGUUUCUUCUCUUGGAUAGUCUCCUGCUCGGCGCGGUGCUGGGCAGCCUGUGGAUGGUACAGCAAUGACAUUAGGAGAAAAACUCUGCCUUGUUUUCCUCUUUCUGCGGAUUGUCUUCACUCCUUCCAGCCACGGCAAUCAAGUGGUACUACUGGACACCACGUCUGUUUUGGGAGAGCUGGGAUGGAAGACCUAUCCCAUGAAUGGGUGGGAUGCUAUAACAGAGAUGGAUGAACACAACCGUCCCAUCCAUACCUUCCAGGUGUGUCACGUGAUGGAACCCAACCAGAACAACUGGCUACGCUCCAACUGGAUCUUCCGCCAGGCCGCACAGAAGGUGUAUGUGGAGCUGCGGUUCACUCUGAGAGACUGUAACUCCAUCCCCUGGGUGUCUGGGACCUGCAAGGAGACCUUCAACCUUUUCUACUAUGAGACAGAUGAGUCCCACGGGGUCAAGUUCAAACCCUCCCAGUACACCAAGAUCGACACCAUCGCUGCAGACGAGAGCUUCACUCAGAUGGAUCUGGGAGACCGCAUUCUGAAGCUCAACACAGAGGUGCGGGAAGUGGGUCCUAUCUCCAGGAAGGGUUUGUACCUGGCGUUCCAGGAUAUUGGGGCGUGCAUCGCCCUGGUCUCAGUCAGGGUGUACUACAAGAAGUGUCCCUUCACCCUGAGGAACCUGGCCUCCUUCCCUGACACCGUGCCCCGGGUCGACUCCUCCUCCCUGGUGGAGGUCAGGGGGGCGUGUGUGGAGCAUGCCGAGGAGAGGGACACGCCCAAACUGUACUGCGGCGCUGAUGGUGAUUGGCUGGUGCCUCUGGGGAAGUGUGUCUGUAGCGUGGGCUACGAGGAGAUGGACGGGGCGUGUUUCGCGUGUCGACCAGGCUUCUACAAGGCAUUUACGGGGAACAUCAAGUGUUCCAAGUGUCCCCCUCACAGUUUCAGCUAUGGAGAGGGGGCUGCUGUCUGCAACUGUGAGAAGGCUUUCUACAGAGCUGAGAGAGACCCACCCACUAUGGCCUGCACACGUCCCCCCUCCCCUCCUCGUAACGUGGUCUUCAACCUGAAUGACACCUGUCUACAGUUGGAGUGGUCUCCUCCCAGCGACAUGGGUGGUCGCAGGGACCUGACCUAUAACGUGCUAUGUAAGCGAUGCGGCCCAGAGCCCGACCAAUGCCAGCUUUGUGGGGAAGAGCUUCGCUUUGUGCCCCGCCCCCAGGGCCUGACUAACACCACGGUAACGGUGAUGGACUUCUCUGCUCACGCAAACUACACCUUUGAGAUUGAGUCACUGAAUGGAGUGUCUAAGAUGAUUAACUACCCGAGAUCUGUGGCCGCCAUUACUGUCUCCACCGACCAGGGCGGUCCCUUUAUGGUGGGCAUGCUGAAGAAGGACUGGGCAUCUCAGAACAGCAUUGCCCUGUCGUGGCUGGAGCCAGAACAGAUCUCCCUCCUGGUGGUCGACUAUGAGGUCAAGUACUACGAGAAGGAACAUGAGGAGUUGAGCUACUCGUCGACGCGGACCAAAGCCCCCAGUGUGAUCAUCACAGGGUUAAAGCCCUCCACCUGCUACGUCUUCAGCCUGAGAACACGCACCUCCGCUGGACACAGCGCCUACAGCCCCAAAUACGAGUAUGAGACCACGGACGACACGUCGGACAUGGCGUCAGACCAGGGUCAGGUGUUGGUGAUCGUCACGGCAGCCGUGGGAGGCUUCACUCUCCUCAUCAUCCUCACCCUCUUCUUCCUCAUCACCGGACGGUGUCAGUGGUACAUCAAAUCCAAGAUGAGCUCAGACGACAAGAGGAGGACCAACUAUCAGAACGGACAUGCCCUCCCGUAUCCAGGGGUAAAGACCUAUGUAGAUCCGGACACCUAUGAGGAUCCUACUCAGGCUGUCCAUGAGUUUGCCAAAGAGAUUGACCCAACCCGGAUCCGCAUAGAAAGAGUCAUCGGAGCAGGUGAGUUCGGGGAGGUGUGUAGCGGUCGUCUGCGGACACUGGGGAAGAGGGAAAUCGCUGUGGCGAUAAAGACGCUGAAAGGCGGCUACGUGGAGCGCCAGAGGCGGGACUUCCUCCGAGAGGCCAGCAUCAUGGGACAGUUCGAUGACCCCAACAUCAUUAGGCUGGAGGGCGUGGUCACCAGAAGCAGACCUGUGAUGAUUGUGGUGGAGUACAUGGAAAAUGGAUCUCUGGACUCUUUCCUGAGGAAGCACGACGGUCACUUCACAGUGAUCCAGUUGGUGGGUAUGCUGCGUGGCAUCGCGUCGGGCGUGAGGUACCUGUCUGACAUGGGUUACGUCCACAGGGACCUGGCCGCUCGUAAUAUCCUGGUGAACAGCAACCUGGUGUGUAAGGUGUCUGACUUCGGCCUGUCCAGAGUCCUGGAGGACGACCCCGAGGCAGCUUACACCACCACGGGAGGUAAGAUCCCUAUCAGGUGGACAGCUCCAGAGGCCAUCUCCUACAGGAAGUUCUCAUCAGCCAGCGAUGCCUGGAGCUACGGUAUCGUCAUGUGGGAAGUGAUGUCCUACGGGGAGCGGCCUUACUGGGAGAUGUCCAAUCAGGAUGUGAUCCUGUCCAUAGAGGAAGGCUACCGUCUCCCUGCUCCUAUGGGCUGCCCCGUGGUUCUACACCAGCUGAUGCUGCACUGCUGGCAGAAGGAGAGGAGCCAGAGGCCCAAGUUCACUGAUGUGGUCUCCUUCCUGGACAAGCUGAUCAGGAACCCCAGCAGCCUGCUGGCCCUGGUGGAAGAUAUACAGGGUCUAGCAGAGUCCCCCGGAGAGGUGGUGGACUACCACGUGUUCAUCUCCAUCGGGGAUUGGUUGGAUUCCAUCAAGAUGAGCCAAUACAAGAGUAGCUUUGUGGCAGCAGGAUUCAGCACACUGGACUCUGUGGCACAGAUGAGUAUUGAAGACGUGCGGAGGAUCGGGGUGGUGUUGAUUGGCCACCAAAGGAGGAUCGUCAGCAGCAUUCAGACCCUCCGACUGCAGCUAUUACACGACAAUGGCUUCCAUGUAUGAGACCUUAAAACAGACGGACAGAGAGAGAGAGAGACAGACAGACAGACAGACACAGCCUGUGCUUCAGACAGGCGUACAGACGGACCAUCUCAGCCCGGAGGCCUCUCAUACUCAGACUACCACACACUUGGACCUUGAUGCAGAAACUCCAUAAAGCCAGACUGUUUUGUACACCUGAACCUGCUUCAGCCAGAGACAGACCAAUACAGACAGGGACAGGACUCUGAGAGACACACUGUACUGGCUGCCCCUGGGGAAUGUAUGCCUUGUUGCAGCAUCAGUACUUAUUAUACGGUAGAGCUGUAGAUUUGAUCUACUACAUGUUUUUGUGACCAUGAUGUAGCUGCUAACAGACGAGCAAUCAAAAGGAUUGUCCUUAAUUAAUAUGAUAUGAAUUAUUUUGGAGUUUGAUAAGUAAGUGUAAUCAUAAGGUAUUCUCGUUACGUUUUUUAACCUCUCCAGAGUAUCUGGGUAUGCUAAUACUUGAAGAAGACGAAGAGUCCGCUUUGGAAGUGCGGAGGAUUUCUGAAUGUUUUAAGUGUAUAGAAUAAUUUAUCCAUUAUAAUCCUAAAAUAAUAUUUAUAUCUGUGCAGUCUUGUAAGUGAGCGCCCUAGUAAAUCUGGAUACUAUCUUUAUUUAUUUUGCAUUUUAUCUAAAUGAGCAAUAUAUGCAGUCGUCUCAGUAACUACGAUAAGAGAAAUAAAUGAUAGUCUCUUAUGGACCUAUAGACAUUGAGAGCAGAUUGUUAGCAAACCUCAACAGACUCUGUUACACGCUAACAUGCUAGCUCUACAGGCCAAUUGUGCAAUGCUAAAUACUUAUGACAGCUGUUGGAAAACAAUGUAUAUAGUAGGAAUGGAAACCAAGGCUGUUUGGCAUACAGUGGUUGGUGUCAUGAUAUGUGUUUGCUGUCAAGACUCACAUGUAUGCCAUGCUUGAGACAGAUAGAGGUAUGUUCUGCUCGGUGACAGACGCACAGAGAGACAGCAGCACCAAAGUCACAUAUAUAUACAACAUCUCUUUGUCUCUAUAUGGCCCUCAACAGCAUUGUAAUAUCCCAUAAACCUCUCCAGAUCCACAGGUAGCAUAGGUGAACCACCCCAAACUCUGCCUGAAACCUGAAGUCUUUCAUUAGCUCCCCGAAGCAAAUGCUUAGGCUUUAACUCAGCAGGCUAACACAGUCUUGUGGAGCACAGACGACUUGGGUUCAAACCCAGUCGGUCACACACACACCUACAGUAUACAGUAUGUUCAGGAGCAGGAGUGUACCUUAGGAGCCUGUACGGAGUAGAAGGAAGUUGCCCCUGGAAACUGAACGAAGGUCAGUUUACAAUUUUACCCACUAAUGGUUUGAGGUAAGGAUGGAGGUAGGCUAUGCUGAUCCUAGAUCUGUGUUUUGAGGCAACUUCUACCGGGCUGGAGCUCACCUGUCCAGCAGGUGUUCACAGACAGACCUCUCAGAGGGAGGAUACACUUGGCUCCUCCUGGAAGGAGAAACCAGAUCAGGCUGUUUAGCAUGUCUUACUGCUGAGCAAAGGGAAUGCUCUUUUGUACAAAGUACAAGUAUACUUAUAAUUCUAGUAUUUUAUUUUUCUAUCAUUUUCAAAGAGACGUGGUAGAUCUUGCACACUGUAAGAGGCAGUUUAAAACUGAUAUUUAUUUGCAAAUAAAGGUGAACAGUA